UCUGCCUGCCUCCUUUUCUUUUUUUCCUUUUUCUUUUCUUGUAGCCUGCAGGUUGCUUUUCCUUUUUUUUUUUUCCUUCUUCUCGGCAAUCUUCCCUGCAACCUGCAGCUUCUCAGAUAAUCAUCAUCAAGUCUGCUCUUUUCCUUAGGCCCGUGACCUCUGAUCAGAACCGGGUCAGCUCUCUCUCCCUCUCGACUUUGGCUUCACGGAGAUGGACAGACCAUCACCAGCUGGGGAGUUUCCUUCUGAGCUCAGCUUCCCUUCCCCCUUUCGACUCUCUCCCUCUCGGGUUCUCCAUUUUAGCAGACUCCACAGCCACUGCCAUGGCUCUCUUCAUCUCUUCAUCAUCUCUCCACACCUUAACCACUAUCACAGCCCACAUACAAGGCCCGUUGCUCAGCUCACUCCUAUCCCUCUUCUGCCGCCGGUCCCUCUCCUUUUUCUUCGGUGACAGCAGUUGCUUCUCCUUGGCUGCCAUCAACUCAUCUCCUUCCCAUCUUCAUCGUCUUCAUCAUCAUCACAAGCUCCUCCUUCCAGCUUCUCUCCCUGUUCCUGCAAGAAAAAACAAAAACACAGACCAGCACAUUCUUCUCUUCAUCCCAGAACCAUCUCACUCCUUCUCCUGGUAUGCAUCAGCCACGGCGGUUCAUACAGCUCUCCUCAUUCCUCAGUUGCUGUCCGUGGUUCCCGAGCCCCCGGCUCCAGCACUGCUGCUCCGUUUCCAUCUGCAGCCGCUGGUCCGAGCCCUUGCCGAGCUGAGCGGCUGCCUGGCCGCUAUCCUUCCUCCUCGAGACAUAAAACAGUGGCUGUUGCAGCUCCUUCCCGAGCUCCCUGAGCUCACGACUGCUUUGCUCUCUCAUUUGCUAUGUGUUGCUAUUCGCCUCGAGCUUUCCAGCCCGCAGCAGAGCUUGCCUCCUUCCAUACCAAUUGAGUCCCGCUCGAGCCCCCGCCGAGCACCAUGGAUGUCAUCUAGCCCCUCCUCGUGUUUGUGGAGCCGAGUUGGAGCACCGACUUCCUUCGAUGUGGCUGCAGCUUUUGCUGUCAUCCUGCUGCCCCUCUCCUUGCGGCCGUAGUGUCCUUGGACAGCCCAUUCCGGCGCCUACUCACGGACAAGUCAAAGCCUCACAUGGUUCGUCCCGACACUUGCUUGGGAAAGUUUGAGCCCGCACCCAUAAGAUACGAUGCACAUGGGGUCCAACGUCCCUUUACUGUCAACCACGGGGUCCAACGCCACCACACACCGAGCGUGCGCGACCUAAGUGCAAUAUGGGGUCUCACCUUGAGUCACUGUCUCGACCCGUUUAGUAUCUAUGCGAAUGAUGACCCGGGUCAGGACAAGUGAAGCAUGGUUAAAUAAUCACUUGGGAGCUCGACCGGUCCCAUGGCUAUCUUGAGGACCAUUCUGUCAUCUUGAAAUCCGUCGGUUUGGUCGGACCUGAUCUCCGACCCUCACGAGCCUACAUGGCUUUAAUUUCGGUUUCGAUCAUUUAAACUACACGGUGAGUAUGCGUGGAAUAAUGGUCGAGCACGAAUCGAUCGGAAUUCAAUCGUUGUAAUUUAUAUUUUUAUUUAUUUGAGAGAACAGUGUAAAGAUUAUUUUGUAUAUUUAUUCAUGUAA